AUUUCCCCACCGUCAAUUGUGCUCGUUAAAACGUUGAUGAUACGCCAUCCGUGACUAGUCCGGUGUGACUAUUUCGCCCUGGCCGCCGCAUUGUCUUUGUUUAAUCCUUUUUCCACCCGGUUUAUCCCAUGAGCUGACACAGUCCCUAUAUGUUUGGCCUCGUGGGAGAUAAGUCCCGUUACUCAUCCUCGUACCUCUUCCGAAUCCACUUGGAACCCGUCGAGUCGUUUCCCAAGCUACCCUCAGCCCAGCGUGUUGGUGCCGGCCCGAGUGUCACUUCGGAGUCGAGUCUGUACACUGCAGACCAUUGAUAAAGUGUUGCAUCUCCUUCUGUGCCCUCCGAAUGCUCUCCAACAUCUCAAGAUAUCCAAAGUCGAGGCCAAAAAACCUCUUCAACCUCGUCCACUCUGCAACCAUGUCCACCUCCGCGCCCCUCGAGGCACCUGUCGCCCAAACGGUUGGUAAUCUGACAUCAGUCACCAAUCCCCAGACUGCCCAUACCCAUCGACCCAAGUACACUCACGCAACCGCUCACGUCCCCAAUCGGGCGGCUCACUUUGACACCUCUCUGUCGGUCCCCGUGCGGAAGUACCUCCAGACGUACGGCCUCACUCCUCCUCGAGCAGAGAGUUACGAAAUCCAGAAGAAGAGAUGUUUGGCACAGUUGGCUCUGAAGCCCACAGAUCUUGAGAGGUUUCUCUACCUGAGCACCAUCAGGCACAACAAUGUCCAUUUGUUCUACCGCUUGUUGACCGACCACUUCACCGAGUUGACUCCUUUGGUCUACACUCCCACCGUUGGAGAAGCCUGUCAAAAAUGGUCACAAAUCUAUCAACAAGCCGAGGGCAUGUAUCUCAGCUUCGAGGAUCGAGGCCAUCUUUCGGCUAUCAUCCAAAAUUGGCCUCAAUCCAACGUGGAGAUCACCGUCAUCACUGACGGUUCCCGCAUCCUCGGCCUGGGUGACUUGGGAGUGGGUGGCAUGGGCAUUCCGAUUGGAAAGCUUGCUUUGUACACUGGCUGUGCAGGUAUCAGACCGGAGGGCACUCUACCCUUGACCGUCGACCUGGGCACCAGCAACAAGGAACUGCAGGAAGAUCCGUUGUACAUGGGCAGCCGGAGAGGCAAGGUCACGCCCGAGGAGGAGCAGGAGUUCCUCGAUGAGCUGAUGGCGGCGCUGAAAGAGCGUUGGCCCGAUAUCGUCAUCCAGUUUGAAGACUGGAAGAACCCGUUCCCCUCUCUCGAGCGCUACCGCCAGGACUACGCCAUGUUCAACGACGACAUCCAAGGUACUGGCGCUGUCAUCAUGGGAGGCAUGAUCGGUGCCAUCAAGGAGUCUGGCGUUUCGCCCAAAGAUCACCGUGCGGUCUUCUUGGGCUCAGGCUCAGCCGGCGUUGGCGUCGCCAAGCAGAUCGUGGACUACUUCAUGCACGAAGGACUGACCGAGGACGAGGCCAAAUCCUGUUUCUGGCUUGUCGACAGCAAAGGCCUCGUGACGCAAGACCGAGGUGACAAGCUCGCUGAACACAAGAUCUACUUCUCACGAACGGACAACAACGGCCAGCAGUUCAAGACCUUGGAUGACGUUCUCGAAUAUGUUAAGCCCACCAUCAUCAUGGGUCUCAGCACGAUCGGAGGCGCAUUCACUCCUGAGAUCCUGCAGAAGAUGGCCAAGUGGAACGAGAGGCCGAUCAUCUUCCCACUGUCAAACCCGUCUUCCAAGUCGGAAUGCACUUUUGAGGAGGCAAUCACCCACACCGACGGCCGAGCGCUGUUUGCUUCCGGCUCUCCUUUCCAUCCCGUCAUGCACAAAGGCAAGAUGUAUCAUGGCGGUCAGGGAAACAACAUGUAUGUGUUCCCCGGCAUUGGCCUCGGGACCAUCCUGUCCAAGGCCGUCCAAGUCACGUCCAACAUGAUCUAUGCUUCUGGCGAAGCCUUGCCGACCAUGAUCACCGAGGAGGAGAAAGAGAAGGCCCUGAUGUACCCUUCAAUUUCACGCAUUCGGGAUGUGAGUGCUCGUGUCGCGCUGUACGUCAUCCGGGCGGCGCAGAAAGACAAUGUGGACCGCCUGCACCAUCUGCGCGAUAUGAGCGACAGCCAGUUGGAAGCAUGGAUCAAGGAGAAGAUGUACGAUCCCCACAAGGAGACUCAAGAGCUGGAGGAUGAAGUCCGCGGCCUCGUCCAAGAUUUCAUGACCUCGCCGAAGCUGUGAGCGACAGGUGGGUGGGUUUAGGUUUGGUAUUUAGCGAACUUGCGGUACUGUGUGACAUUUUUGUGCUGUAUGUCUGUUUCACCAAGGUGUAUGUCAUAUGCGAGGUGUAUGUGGACGGACUUGGGGCUGCCGACGGUACUAUGUACCAGGAACUGCGUUGCGGGAAAGGGAUCUGCACCCUCAGGCUUCGUGCAAAGCCAAAGCCGGGGCCAAUCUUAGGUAGAAUAUUCGAAGGCGACGAGACUUCUUCCGGCCAAUUGCCAAACAAAACAAUGGCACUUAUUAUUCAA